CCUAGACCCACUUUAGCUCAGUUCAGAGCUUCAGAAGGUCCCGAAGCCAGAGCGGCAAAACUACGAGCAUUAUGGACUUCUUUACCUAAUUUACCUCAACUCACAGAUGGUCCUUCAGCUUUACAACGUAUGAAAUUACCUGGUCAAGAUACCAGAACCGCACUUUCACCUCAAAGAGCAGAACGUUUGAAAAAGUUAUACGAAGAAGAAUUAGUAAGACGUGUAAGGGAAAAUAGACCUAAUGCUUUUUGGGAAGGUUUUCGAAGAUUUUUAUGGGAUCAAGAAAAAGAAUUAUGGGAUAUUUUUCAAGAACUUGAUAAAAAUGGUGAUGGAAGAUUAGAUGCUCAUGAAAUGAGAGCCGCUUUGAGUAGAUCAGGUAUCGAUAUCACACAAACUACCGUGGAUGAUUUAGUCAGGUUUUUGGCAAGUGGUUCAGAUAUGUAUAUCACCUUUGCGGAAUUCAGAGAUUUUUUGAUCAUGUUACCUAGGAAAGCUACACCUUUUGAGAUAUACAAAUAUUAUCAAGUCAAAAAACGGUACUCAGACGGUAGAGGUGCGGCCAGAGUAGAUAAAGAAGGUGAUAUGUCUGUAUCAUUUCCGAAACCUCAAGCGGAAAGUUUAGGUGCAGCCUCUGCCACUCUUUUCGGACAUCCGAAAAAGGACGAAAAUUCGGAGGGGUUGGAAGAUGAGGUAGAAGAGGAUUUUGGGGAUGCCGAAGUACAAGAGGAUAGACAUGAAGCUUGGAGGUUUUUGUUAGCUGGUGGUGUGGCUGGUGCUGUGUCUCGAACAGUAACCGCUCCUUUCGAUAGACUGAAAAUUUACCUCAUCACCACUGAUCAUCAAUAUGUCAAUUUACGCGCUGUGAGCGCUUCCGCCCUCCGACAUCCUCUGGCAGUGGGUUCGACGGCGGUGAAUAAUCUCUGGGGAGCAGUUACGAGGAUUUAUGUUGAUGGCGGGGGUAUAAAGGCUUUCUGGGUUGGAAAUGGGUUGAAUGUUUUGAAGAUAUUUCCUGAAUCAGCCAUCAAAUUCGUCUCAUACGAGCAAUCUAAAAAGUUCUUAGCGCAAUAUUGGGAUAAAGUCUCAGACGCUUCUGAAUUAUCAUCAUCUUCUCGGUUUUUAGCUGGAGGUGUGGGAGGUAUCACAUCACAAUUUGCCAUUUACGGUUUGGAAACUCUCAAAACUAGGGUUCAAAGUGAAAUGGGACCAGCUCAAGGAUGGAGAGCUGUUUUACGUACUGCUGGAGAUAUGUGGAGGAUAGGAGGUGUGAGAGCUUAUUAUAGAGGUUUGACUCUCGGUCUCGUAGGCGUUUUCCCUUAUUCAGCUAUAGAUAUGGGUACAUACGAAACUUUGAAAAAGGCCUAUGUGAAAUCUACUGGGAAAGAAGAACCUAGUGUUUUUGCUACGUUGUCUUUUGGAGCUUUAUCAGGUUCUAUAGGUGCUGCUAGUGUUUAUCCUAUAAACCUUCUCCGUACACGUCUCCAAGCAGCAGGUUCAACAGGUCAUAAACAUUCUUACACAGGUUUCAGAGAUGUCCUCCGACAAACUUUAGCUCACGAAGGUUGGAGAGGUUUAUAUAAAGGUUUAUUACCUAGUAUUUUGAAAGUUGGACCGGCGGUGGGAGUCAGUUGGAUAGUUUAUGAGGAUGCCAAGAGGAGA